GUGGGACUACUUCCUUAGACCAUUUUCCAGUUUGCCGAAGCCUUUUUAUGCCAGCAAUUUUGUAGUGAUGCACCCUUCACUUUUUGACAGAAUACCUCUGGUUCAACCCCACUUCAUAGUAGUAGCAAAACUAGGCAUGCUACUAGCCCGAGAGAUAUUGAAACACAUUGAUCGUGCAAAUAGACUUUUUAGAUCAAACGACAACAAAUUUGAAUCAGAUACUCAGUCGAAUAUUUUCUACCCGAAGAACAUACUGAACAUUGACGAACUCCAUAAUAACUUUUACUCGAAAUCUCCUUAUAGAUUUCAUGAAACAGCAAUUGAUGUUGAGAUUUUGAACGUAACAAUCUUCACUAACGAAAUGAUUGCGGAUAUUACUGCUUUCCGGAUGGUUACUGAUUAUUUUCAAAGAAUUACUACACCUGAAAAUAUGCCUUGGAUUUCAAGUGACAUUACCCAGGAGCAAGUUUUCAUCAUUGCUGCUGCUCAAG